UGGGAUCCUGUGAUGAUUUCCAUCGUGCGAGUCUGUUUCAUUCGCUGUCAUCCACUACAAAUCUCACACCCAGGACUCAUAUUCAUGGAUGGCAUGUCAUCACUUUACGCCUGAGUAAUCUGAUCGCGCGGGUUGUUCGGUGCGGAUAGCGGAUCCGGAUCCAGCACAGGGCCGGUGAUGGUCGCGCGUCAAGCCGGAGAGAGCAACAGAGGAGCGGCUGUGAUUUCUGCGCUCCGUCGCUGAUUCCCCGUGUGCCAACUCAUCAGAGCACACAACACCCGCAGCAGGUUUGAACAAACACCCUCCAGAUGAGCAGCACAAGAUGCCAGCAGCUGAACAACUAGACAUGGAGCUGAUGACCCCUCUGAUGGAGGAAGCAGGAGGUGAAGAGGAGGAGGAGGAUGUAGACAUAGAUGAAGAUCCAGAACAUCUGCCGCAAGGCAUCACGUUUACUCAAACCCUGCUGCAUCUCUUAAAGGGGAACAUCGGCACAGGAUUGCUUGGGCUUCCUCUAGCAGUGAAGAACGCUGGGAUUGUGCUCGGUCCAGUUAGUCUGGUUCUGAUGGGUGUUGUGUGUGUCCACUGCAUGCACAUCCUGGUCAGCUGCAGUCAUCAGCUCAGUGAGCGGUUGAAACGUUCCCCCCUCGGUUACAGCGACACGGUUGCAGUUGCCAUGGAGAUGAGUUCCUCCCAGUGCCUGAGGAAAGGUGCUCAUUUUGGGAGGCACUUGGUGAAUUUCUUCCUGGUUUUGACCCAGCUGGGCUUCUGUAGUGUUUAUUUUGUGUUCCUGGCUGAGAACAUUAAACAGGUGAUGGAGGGAGCUCAUCUGAACAGCUCGGUGGAGACUGUGCUGAUACACUCCAACAUCUCACAGGGGGAGACUCCUUCAGUCUCUGCAGCUGCGGGGCUGGACCUGCGGCUCUACAUGGUCUUCCUCCUCCCCUUCAUCAUCGUUCUGACCUUCAUCAGAGACCUGAGGAACAUGGCCGCACUCUCAGCCAUCGCCAACCUCUGUAUGGCUGUCAGCAUCAUCCUCAUCUUCACAUAUAUACUCAACGAUGUGAGUGAUCCCAGACGUCUGCCGUACAUCUCCUCGUGGAGGAAGUUUUCCUUCUUCUUUGGAACAGCCAUAUUUGCCUUUGAGGGAAUUGGAGUGGUUCUUCCACUGGAGAAUCAGAUGAGGGAACCAAAGCGAUUCCCUCAAGCCCUCAACAUUGGCAUGGGCUUCAUCAUCAUCCUCUAUGUGAGCCUGGCGACGCUGGGAUACCUCCACUUCAGAGACGACAUCAAAGGAAGCAUCACCCUUAACCUUCCACAUGACUCCUGGUCUAAUCAGCUGGUGAAGGUCUUGUACUCGUUCGGUGUGUUUGUGAGUUAUGCGGUGCAGUUUUUCGUGCCGGCAGAGAUUCUGGUUCCGCCCGUGUGUGAGCGCAUUCGGAAGAGCUGGAGACGAGCGGCUGAUCUCAGCUUACGAGCGCUGCUCGUCUGCCUCACCUGUAUGACAGCAGUCUUGAUUCCGCGGUUAGAUCUGGUGAUCUCAUUGGUCGGUGCGGUGAGCAGCUCGGCGCUGGCGCUCGUCUUUCCUCCGCUGGUGGAGCUGGUGGCGUAUCCCAGCCAGCCUCCUCCUCCUCUCCUGCUCCUCAAAGACCUCUCCAUCGCCGUCCUCGGCUUCAUCGGCUUCCUGACCGGGACCUACGUGACGCUGGAGGAGAUCAUUUAUCCCGACGACCAAGGACCGUCUCCGUGACACACACACACUACCUCACCAGCCCUGAAGACCACGCCCACAAACAAAGGACCAAUCAAGGCACAGUUCUUAAGGGCACGGUGUCAUUUUAAAUACUGUACCUCUUCUUCCUGUGAGUGACUGUGGCUCUGGGGUGGAGAGCUUGUCUUAUAGGGUUUCAGGUUUCAGUCAUUUUUCAUUCCACAGGCAGAUGCCCGAGGUGUGCGUCUCCAGCGCGGAUGCAUGUGCGAGUGAGUGAGUGAUGGUGUGCAUGGGAAAUAUUUCCUCCACACAGGCUUAUGGACUUUCCGUGACUCCACCCUGUUGUAGAUGGAAUGAGGUCGGUGGACCAUAUAGCGUGACGGGCCGUCAGCUUUUAACACUAAGAGAGAGCGCCGGAAGAAAUAUUCCACUCUGUAAAGAAUGCACAUUCCUGCUGACUAGAGAUAUUAUUAAUAAACCAACCAUUUCUCCUGAGGCUUGCGAUAUUGAAUUUAUUUAUUUAGUACUUUUUUUUUACUUCUGCAGUAUUCAGGGGGAUUAAUGAGUAUUUAUUUAAUGACAAACAUUGGAACGUUAAAUGUAUUUCAGGCUUUUAACUCUUGAUUUUAGAAAACAAGCAGAAUGAUUCAGGAUCCAAAACAUGCGGUUUCCACAGUAUCUGUAAUUUGUCAUCAUUUAAAACGGUUUUUGACAUCCCUCGGUUUGUAAAGACAAAGAAAAGUCAAGUUUGAACCGAUGCAUGUACAAAAGAAGGCAUUCAAGAAGCUUUAUAGUUAUAGCUCUUAAGUAUGACAGUGUGUUUCUGAAUAAUCCUUUUAAUAAAUUUAGCAGAUAAA